AUGUCGUCUUCGUCGGGCUCCUCGCCGCCGAAAAGAGUCGGUCGUCGCGUGUUUCCGAGUCCACAGUCCGAGCAAAUCAGAAGAUCCCAGCAGUUGCUGCACUACGUUCCGCCUCCGGAGCCACCGAUUGAUUAUACGAUUCGAGUGCCACAGGGUAAGAAAAGGAGAAAGUGGAAGGGAAAAUAGGAGAGAGAGAACUGAACAGUUAGGUCUCUUGGGUGAUCUCAAGUGCUCCGAGAACUUUGUGAAACGAGCAAUUGAACAAAGUGGCGGUGUAUCCUAUUUCGCAGUAUUUCCACACCUCGAAACAUAAGCGGCCAUUAUGAAAUUAGCAAACGCUCGUUCUUUUUUCAGGAAAGAUUACAAAGUCAUUGGUGACGUCUUUCAAAGGCCAUCUUCAGUUGAUUACUCGAAGGAGGAGGCUCAUUUGACGUAAGUAACGGACAGAAGUGAAUCGGCUCAGUAUGCAUGCUACUUCAGAUCAUCGUCGAAGGGAACACCGAGACUUGGAGGCCGUCGGAAUACUGUGGAAGAAGUGCUCGAUGAGCUGGACACUGUUCUCUUCGAAGCUUCGAUUCCGUUCGAUGAGCUCAAAAAGAAAGUGGAGCGGUUCAAUUUGUCAUUCAAACCGUACGCGCCUGAGAUUACCAUUGAUGAUCUUCCGGAAAUUCCCUACAGCACAGGUCCAACACAGCUUCUGAACACUUCAAAACAAACAGUUUGCAGACAUAAAAAGAACGCCGAAGCUUGACGCGAAACCACUGCGAGAAACUGUGCAACAAGAGAAGCAACGCGCCGAAACUGAGGAGAUGUACAAAAAAGUAAGUGAUUCCGAACAUGUUCCACGCCGAAUGAGUUGAAUUGAAGACGCUGGAGCAGAUAGAAAAAGCGAAAAACCACUUCACUCCCGAGUAUUUCAAAGCGCAUUACGAGAAAGAGGGCAUUCCGCACUGGAAACGGAACCUUCUGGCAGACAAGAAAUCGAAAGAAAUGAUCAGAAGGAUUGAGCACGAAGCAUGGGUAAGAAAGAGGAAAUGAAGGAAGAAUGCUCUGUAAAAUGAAAACGUUUCAGUUGGAAUUCGAGAGAUUCAAACAGAAAGUGGCCAGACCAUCGGAUAAGAUCAAAAGAUCUUCGAGUGUGCAACUGGGAGGUCCACGGAGGAAGUUGGACGUCUGA